GUGUGCGUUUGCUAGCUUUGCCAGGCUUGCUUUGCCGCCAACGUUGGUGUUGCGUUCUGUGCGGCGUCUCUCUCCGUAUAUCUUCGCUCGUCACGUUCAUUGCGAAGUAAGUCGAGUGGUGCGUUUGUUUGCUGACCAGUCAUGGCUGCGGCGGCGGCGAACACCGGGGAGAAAGAGAAAAAGCGGAAAGAGAGUAUCGUCGACCUCUCCAAGUACUUGGACAAAGCCAUACGAGUCAAGUUCCAGGGUGGACGCGAGGCCACCGGUAUCCUCAAGGGUUACGACCCGCUCUUGAACCUGGUCAUCGACAACGCCACCGAGUUCCUGCGAGACCCGGACGACCCCUACAAGCUCACCGACGACACGAGGACGCUCGGACUCGUGGUGUGUCGUGGAACGGCGGUGGUUGUGAUCUGUCCCGUGGACGGCAUGGAAUCCAUUCCCAACCCCUUCGUACAGCACGAAGGUUGAGUUGAAAGCCUGUGCAGUUUGGUCGUGCAUAGCAUGCUUUGUUUGCUCAUCUGAUGUGAAUGGUGCGACUGCUUUAUCACCUUUUGUUUCUGCGUGCGCGCGUGUGUGAAUAAAUGAUCGCACACAUACUGUAUUGGUCAAAA